AUGCCGAAUGCUCAACGACUACGACGUGAGGCUAUUCCAUCAUCGAAUGAAUCGGCUAUGGCUGGGGAUGCAGCUCCACAUGCGACAGACCAGCAUCCACACGUGGAAGCCGCCAUGGAUCUUCCAGUUGUGGUUGAUUCGAACGAUGAUGAAAUAUUCUCCCACGAACUAGAGCAAAUGAGGAGCAUAUUGGAUGAGGCGAUUUUGGAAACGCGCAGCACCCCUCCCGAAAAUCGACUGCGACUUCCCCGCAUACCCCUAAGCAAGCGAAAUCGGGCUGACGUGAGGGCUCUGAACCUAAUGCUGGUGGCGAGACGGACUCAAUUUUUUUUAGCGCCGCAGUGGCAGUUUACCGUAUAA